AUGGAAACAGCAAGCAGCCUCAACUGGACUGAUGUUCUCACUGAGAUACAUCCCUGCUAUAAAAUAGAUGUCUCGUACGUGCUGAGAAACAACCCUUCUGCAAUCUGUGUAUUGUUUCAUGUUUUUCUUGGCUCAUUAUCUGUUGUAACUGUAGGUGGAAACCUGCUUGUAAUAAUCUCAAUCAUUUACUUCAAACAGCUCCACACUCCUACUAACUCUCUCAUUCUCUCUCUUGCUUUGGCUGAUCUGCUUGUUGGAGUAAUAGUAUUUCCUCUCACCAUGGAAUUCUCUAUAACCUAUUGUCUGUACCAUAAAGCUUUAUUUUGCAAAGUACGGAGCACCUUUGAUGUAACGCUGUGCACAUCUUCUAUUCUAAAUUUGUGUUGUAUUUCUAUUGACAGAUAUUAUGCAGUGUGUCAGCCUCUGACCUAUAGAACUAAAAUCUCUGAUCCUGUUGUUGUGAUUAUGAUCUUGGUGAGCUGGGGGAUUUCUGUCUUUAUUGGUAUUGGUUUCGUAAUUUUAGGAACUAACCAGGAAAUUCGGUUGAUUGAUGCUAUAAUGGCAAACAUUUUCGGACUUGUUUUCUCAUUUUACCUCCCAGUGAUUGUGAUGCUGUGUAUCUACCUGAAGAUUUACGUUGUGGCACAGAAACAGGCACGCAACAUCCACAACACAACCACAAAGUCUGGGGCAACUGUCAGUAAGACCACUGUUCUUUCUUUCAGUCAUGUCUUCAUGCCACUUCCUUUUAUUGAAUUACUUAAUUGGCUUGCACUGUCAAAUUCAAUGCUCAACCCACUUAUUUAUGCUUUCUUUUACAGAUGGUUUAGAACAGCUUUCAGAAUGAUAAUUUCUGGGAAAAUAAUUUCUGGGGAUUUCACUAACUCAAAACUGCUCUGA